CUACUCUCACUUCCUCCAGUUACGUCCCAGCCAACCUGGAAUAUUCUCGUUGCUGGAAUAAAUUAAAUUGCAGCGGUAUGGGUAUAGCAGGGAGGAAGAGCGCGCCCUAGAUGCCAUUCACACAUCCCGCGCGCUGGGGAGCUCAGUCAUCGUCAGAAUCAUCGGCGGUUCUCCGUGCGCCCGAGCGCUACUGUCUCCAAUCAAAAGCGACAUGAGUUAGAGGACGGCUGCUUACCCUGCUUCAGUGGACUUUGCUCGUUUGUUCAUUAGGGAGAUGGGUUAAAAUAAUUAGUACACCUGGAAGUGCCGAGUCUCUUUAGACAUCACGUCCGCUGCAACUCACUUGGAGAGGACUUACAGAAGCCUUCCUGCUGAGUAUCUUCAAAGGUUCUCCGCUGGAAAUAUAACGUUUUUUUAAGGGAAGAGGAGAUUGGGUUUCAUUCAGUUUAGUUAUACUUGCGCAGUCAUUUUUUUCUCACCAAACAUACUUUCUCCGAUGUCCCUCAGUAUAUGCUCUCAGAACCGAACUUCAUGGUCCUAUGAGGGGAUUUUGCGGAGACUUAUUCCGACCAGUCACGGAUCAAAAGACUUGCAGAAUAAGGACUCAUUUGGAGUGCAAGGAGAAUGAAGAGUCACUGGGGCUGGGGGAAGCACCAUGAGUGGCCCGUGCACCUCCACUAGACUGACGGCCCUCAUGUUUCUAUGGAAGUGGUUGACAUUAAGCCUGCUACUGAGCUGGUUGUCAGUAGGGGCCAGUGCCACAGACUCUGCCGGCGCUGGCUUCAGCGGCUCAAAUGGACCCCUGGGCUGGCUCCUGUCGGAAAAAGGUCCUUUUCACAACUCGCAGGAGUUUGUUGAUUUCACUGAGCGCUACCAGCAGGGAUUCACCACCAAGUACAAAAUAUACAGAGAAUUUGGCCGCUGGAAGGUGAACAGCUUGGCCUUGGAGAGGCAAGAAAACAAUGGCUUUUCAUUGCCGCUGGAUCCAGAGUUCCUCCAGACCAUUAGGCAGCUGGGCAGGAGGCCCAGUCUUAGCACCAUCACUGACAACAUCAUCAGAAAAUACGGAACCCACUUCCUGCUUUCCGCAACACUUGGAGGGGAAGAGUCCUUAAUGAUCUUUGUGGACAAGAGGAAGUUGAGUCGGACGUCUGAAGCGAGUGAAUCCAAUGGCACAGCUGUGACGCUGGAAGCUCUGCACCAGCUGGCUGCCUCCUACUUCAUCGACCGAGAGAGCACCUUGCACAAGCUGCACCACAUCCAGAUCGCCUCCACUGCCAUCAAGGUGACCGAAACAAGGACGGGCCCUCUUGGAUGCAGUAACUAUGACAACCUCGACUCUGUCAGCUCUGUUUUGGUUCAGAGCCCUGAAAACAAGAUUCAUUUGCAAGGUCUCCAGGCCAUACUGCCAGACUAUCUGAGAGCCAGGUUUGUGCAGGCAGCUCUAAGUUAUAUUGGCUGUAGUGAGGAGGGCCAGUUUGUGUGCCGAGACAAUGACUGCUGGUGCCAGUGUGCUGUCGACUAUCCGCGAUGUAAUUGCCCUGAGGUGGAUCUGAGGGCUAUGGAAGGCAGUUUACUGCAAAUCAGAGAUUCAUGGAACAUGGCCAACCAAGACUUUGAGGCAUCAGAAGAGUUUCAAAACUUUGUUCGAAGGCUUCCCAUAUUCUACGCUAUGAAUGCGUCUGCCAUACAGUAUUUCUGGAAGAUGGAGCCGUCCGUUCACCAGCGCUACAAACAGCUGGAGCUUAGCACACAGCAGCUUGUAAGCAAAGCACAGCGCAUCAUCAACAAGAUCUUCACCCUCAGCAAAAGGUGUCAAACUCAGCCCAAAAUUAUUAUGCUACGGGAGAGGCCCUUUGGGUACUGGCUCAACUACAUCUUGUCCAUCAUGUACUGCAGUGAAAACAAUCACCUUGGUUCCUACAUGGAGGAGACCCGGAGCUGCUCCUGCCCGUACGACCAUCCCCCCUGCCAGAGUGUGAUCCCCUGUACAGUAGGGGAGGGCUCCUCAUGCGCAUCUUGCUCCUAUGAAAAUCGCUCCCGUUGCGCCACAUGCAAUCAGGGCUACAUGCUGAGCCAGGGCGUGUGCCGCAAUGAAGUGCCAGACUCCACUGAUCAUUACAUCGGCUUUGAGACUGACCUGCAGGACAUCGAGCUGCGCUACCUGCUGCAGAAAAGAGACAACAGAAUCAGCAUCCAUGGGAUCUUUGUCAGCAAUGAUGUCAGGCUGAAUAACUGGUUCGACCCAUCAUGGAGAAAGAGGAUGUUGCUGACUCUAAAAAGUAAUAAAUACAAAUCAAACCAUGUCCACAUGCUCUUGGGGAUGUCUCUGCAGAUUUGCCUUACCAAGAACAGCACACUUGACCCCAUGCUGUCUGUCUACAUUAACCCAUUUGGGGGCAGUCACUCAGAGAGUUGGAUCAUGCCCAUUGACCAGAACAACUACCCAGACUGGGAGAGGACUAAAUUAGACCUUCCCUAUGACUGUUACAACUGGACUUUGACUUUAGGCAAUAAGUGGAAAACAUUUUUUGAGACGGUCCACUUCUAUCUACGGAGCCGCAUCAGGGGCCCCUCAGGCACUGGAAAUGGAAGUGUAUAUUUUGAACCACUGGAAUACCUGGAACCAGGGCAAAACCUGGGCUACAUGAAGAUCAACACUAUCCAGGUCUAUGGCUACAGCAUGCACUUUGACCCAGAAGCGAUCCAGGACUUAAUUUUACAGCUGGACUACCCAUAUACUCAGGGAUCGCAGGACUCUGCCCUUCUGCAGCUGCUGGAGAUCCGGGAUCGGGUCAACAGGCUUUCCCCACCUGGAGCUCAGCCUCUGGAUCUCUUUUCUUGUCUGCUGCGGCACAGGCUCAAACUGUCCACAACAGAUGUUGCCAGGAUCCAGGCAGCACUGCAGACUUUCAGUGCCAAACAGCCAAACUCCAUUGAAUAUGAAACAACCAAAUUAUGUAGCUAGUAAGUCGGCUGGUGGCCAGAUGCACAGAUGGAGGUGUUAUCACACAGGCCUAAUACUUGCUAGGAUAAAUUUUAAAACAGUGCAAUAGACAUUUUGGGGACCUUGUAAUUGCUGUAAAUCUCAACUCCACGGCUGAGAUUCUUACAUCAACCUUUCCUAUAAAUUUGUAUAACAUCUUAGAAUUGAAAACGUUUUCACCAUACAUGCCUCAUUACUUUUUUCUUUUCAUGAAAAUAACUUUUACAGUUCAUGAUAUAAAGUCAAAGCUCUGCUGUCACUCAUUUUUUACCAAUGUGCUGACAUUUGUAGAAUGCAUAAAUCUGUAUCACUUACACACACGAACAAACAUUAUGCUGGGAAUGAAAUAUCCAAGCAAUUUUAUUAUUUCACAAAAACAAUCUCAACACCACUGUGGUUUUAUUUUGUAUUUCAUGUGUUUUCUUCAUCACAUGUACUUUAAACAAAAUGUCAUUUUAUACCCUACACUGGGACACGUCAGACAUCUUUGUUUAAAUUGUAUUUUUUUAAUUUAUUUUGUUUUUUGCUUUCCAUACAAUGAUCGUCAAUGUUUAUUUCUAGUCUAUUACACAUUUUUUGUAAGAAAAUGCUAAGUAGAUGCUGUAUCAUCCAUAUUUCUUGAAAGAUACAAUAUAACAGGUUCACAAGGUGUUACAUGUUCUUUUAUUUUUAUAAAGCUGUUGUUUGUGAAGCAAAUGAUACAACAUUGUCUAUAUAAUGUACAGUACAAAUUUGUUAAUACACUAAAUAAAAUAAAUUUUUAUGUGUGGUCUAUA